AUGGUUUCCUGGAAAAGUCUGGCCGUGCUUCUGGUCAGCGCCGUCCCGGCUCUGGCAGCCUUUGGCGUAACGGAAUCUACCGCCAGCUAUGUUGUAGACACGGGCAGCUCCAAUGGCUUCGUUGUCACUAUCAAGCGCAGUGACUGUUCCAUUACUUCGCUCAAGUACCGCAGCACUGAGUACCAGUACUCGUCCCAGACGUCCCACAUCGCCUCUGGCCUGGGCUCCGCGACCGUCUCGUACACGACCAUCAGCAGCACGUACAUCAAGGUCAAGUGUGUCGCCUCCAACAGCGACUUCGAUCUAACCCACUACUACGUCUUCAAGAGUGGCGAGAGCAACAUCUACAUGGCCACCGACACCAACUCGGAGCCUGCCAUUGGUGAGCUGCGGUACAUUGCUCGCCUCGACCGAUCCAAGCUGCCCGAUGAGUAUCCCUUUGGCGAAGCCUCCGACACCUCCAGCGGCACUGCCAUUGAGGGUUCCGACGUCUACAACGUUGGCGGACAGACCCGCUCCAAGUUCUACUCGUCCCAGCGCUUCAUCGACACCGACUCAUACUGCUUCCAGAGCAGCGCCAAUGACAUCCACGCCUGUAUAGUUCCCCAUGCUUCGCGCUCCUACGAGAAGAGCUCUGGCGGCCCCUUCUUCCGUGACAUCAACACCAACAACAACGGCGGCUUUAGCGCCCUGACCUUCUACAUGAACUCGAACCACGCCCAGACCGAGUCCUACCGCCAGGGCUUCCACGGACCGUAUGUCCUGUCUUUCUCGCGCUCCGGCAUCCCCAAGAAGAGCGAUUUCGACUUCAGCUUCUUCAGCAGCCUUUCCAUCUCCAACUACAUUGCGGACUCUGCUCGCGGAAGGGUCAGCGGUACCGCCUCUGGAGUCAAGUCUGGCUUCAGCCCCGUGGUCCACUGGUACAACUCCAACUACCAGUACUGGACCACCGCCUCGUCCUCGGGCUCCUUCACCUCUCCCUACAUGGUCCCCGGCACGUAUACCAUGGUUCUCUACCAGACCGAGCUCCAGGUUGCUUCCAAGAGCGUCACCGUCUCGGCCGGCGGUACCACCUCGUCCUCGAUCAGCGCCACCUCUGAUAUCACCACCGGUUCGCACACCACUGUCUUCCAGAUCGGCGACUGGGACGGCCAGCCCACUGGUUUCCGCAACGCUGCGAACCAGCUCCGCAUGCACCCCAGCGAUAGCCGCAUGUCCAGCUGGGGCCCGCUCACAUACACUGUCGGAUCCAGCACCGUUGGCCAGUUCCCCAUGGCGCUCUUCAAGUCCGUCAACGGCCCCGUCACCAUCAAGUUCACCCUGAGCUCCGCCAUCUCCAAGGCUGCCACCCUUCGCAUCGGAACCACCCUCGCCUUCGCCAGUGGCCGCCCCCAAGUCACGGCCGGCAGCUUCACCAAGGCCUUCAGCGCGCCGACCAAGAUCGACUCCCGAGGUGUGACCCGCGGUGCCUAUCGUGGCCUCGGCGAAGUCUACGAUGCGACCAUCCCCGCUGGUACCUUGGUUGCCGGAACCAACACAAUUACCAUCGAUGUCAUCUCCGGAAGCACUGGCGACACUUACUUGAACCCCAACUUCAUCUUCGAUGCUGUUGAGCUGUUCUACUAG